AUGGCUGCUCCUGGUACUCAAAAAAAAACAAAAAAUUGGCAUAUUCGCGAUGACCCGAUUACAUGGAAUAAUUGGUAUAAACAUGUCGAUUGGAUUCACGCAAUUUUACUCGGUUCAUUACCAUUGAUUGCACUUUAUGGCCUUUUAACGACCGAAAUACAAAGAAAGACAGCGAUAUGGUCUAUUAUUUACUAUUAUAUAACUGGCAUGGGGAUCACUGCAGGUCACCAUAGACUAUGGGCUCACCGUGCAUAUAAAGCAUCUCGUCCGUUCGAAAUAUUUCUCAUAUUUGCGUGCUCCGGUGCUGUAGAAGGAUCUAUUCGAUGGUGGUGCAGAGGACAUCGUGCUCAUCAUCGGUGGACUGAUACUGAUGCAGACCCUUACAACGCAAAUAAAGGACUUUUUUACUCUCAUAUCGGCUGGAUGCUUCUAAAACAAAAUCCAAAUCGCGUCGGAAGGGCUGAUAUUUCUGAUUUAAAUGCUGAUCCUAUUAUAAUGUUUCAACACAAACAUUAUUGGUUAUUCGCGCUUGUUAUGGGAUUUAUAUUUCCCACUAUGGUCCCUGGCUUAGGUUGGGGUGACUGGAGUGGAGGUUACUUUUUUGCCGCUGUAUUGCGUCUAGUUUUCGUCCAUCACGCCACGUUCUGUGUUAACUCAUUAGCUCACUACCUCGGUGACACCCCAUUUGAUGAUCGUCGCACACCACGUGACCACUUCAUCACUGCUAUCUUAAGUUUGGGCGAAGGAUAUCAUAACUUUCAUCAUGAAUUUCCAAUGGACUAUCGAAAUGCUGUUAAAUUUUAUCAAUAUGAUCCAACAAAAUGGUUAAUUAAAUUGCUAUCAUAUUUUGGUGCUACACAUCAUUUAAAGAAAUUCCCUGAAAACGAAAUACAUAAAAGCAUGGUAGUAAUGAAGCAGAAGAAACUAGAUAGAGAGAAGUCGAAAUUGGAUUGGGGUGUACCAUUGGAUAAAUUGCCUAUUUACACUUUUGAACAAUUUGUGGACAACGCAGAAGAGAACAGUUGGAUUUGUAUUGAAGGAAUUAUUCAUGACGUUAGUGAAUUUAUUGAAGAACACCCUGGUGGUAGAUCAAUAAUAGCAGCUUCAAUAGGGAAGGAUAUGACAACAUCUUUUAAUGGUGGCGUUUAUGAUCACUCUAAUGCCGCCAGAAAUCUAAUGGCAUCUUUGCGCGUUGGUAUUAUUGCGGGUGGAGGCGAAGUUGAAAGUCGUAAAACGAAAUAA